AUGGAGCUUUCUCAGCUUGGUUUCCUAGAUGAAUUAGUAGCUCCGAGAAGAGAGACAUGGAAUGCUUCUUCCACUGGGUUCUGUGAGCUAUUGUCUAAUGGUUGGAGUUUUGACACUUUUCUUGAGAAUCCAUCUAUGGCCACCUCAAACUCCCUAUUUGGUGCAUUUUCAGCACCAAUAGACCGCAGAUUUGAAUGCCCUUACAGCAAUGAAGUAGCAGCAUACCCAUUUGCUGAUGGGUUCACAAUGCCAUUGCCAGAGCUUGACCCUGUGAAUGAUGAUCCCCCACUUUCACUUCCACCGGAUGAAAAGAUAGGCUUUCAUGAGAAGAACAACAACAUUGAAGAAACCAAGAGUGUCUGCAAAGUUGAGGAACAAGGCACAGAGAUUCCACUCUUUAACAUAGGCGUGUGUGAUGAUGGAGACAGAAAACCCAAGUCCAAAAAGCUAGAAGGACAGCCCUCAAAGAAUCUCAUGGCAGAAAGAAGAAGAAGAAAGCGUCUCAAUGACCGUCUUUCCAUGCUAAGGUCAAUCGUCCCCAAGAUCAGCAAGAUGGACAGAACCUCUAUUCUUGGGGAUACCAUUGACUACAUGAAAGAGCUGUUGGACAGGAUUGGUAAGUUGCAAGAGGAAGAGGUGGAAGAGGGCACAGGUCAGAUUAAUCUGUUGGGAAUUUCAAAGGAACAACUCAAGCCAAACGAAGCAACAUUUGAUGUUGAGAGGAGAGACCAGGACACUAGGAUCAGCAUUUGCUGUGCCACAAAGCCUGGAUUGCUACUAUCAACCGUCAAUACCUUAGAAGCAUUAGGCCUUGAGAUUCAGCAAUGUGUUAUAAGCAGCUUCAAUGACUUUUCAAUGGAAGCAUCUUGUUCUGAGGUACCUGAACAGAGAAAUUGCAUUAGCCCUGAAGAGAUAAAGCAGUCACUAUUCAGAACUGCAGGGUUUGGUGGCCAAAGUCUCUAG